AUGUCCAAACUCUCGCCCGCCCUCAAACAGCUCAUAAACGCGGCGCACGCACGUCCCGGCCCCAUCCCCGCACCUCCAAAGAUCCAAUCCGUAUACCAGAAGAUUGAGCGCGAAGCCACAGCCCGCCAGCUGGGGCGGCCGUCAUGGCUCGCCGUCAGCACCGCAGCAACCAUGACCAUGAACUCGCCCGAGUCAAUGGAAGCGCUGUUCCACAGCAGCACACAAGGAAAGCAGACAGAAGAGCGCGUCGCGGUGGCAGAAUUCAUGCGCGAGGUCGCGCUGAAGUGCAUUGGGUUCAAUGGCAUCCCCCGCACAAUAAACAUGCUCAACGCCUUCCGCGCCGCGCUCCCAGACGACGUCUUCGCGCUGCUCAACACCACGCCCACACGUUACCCCGACGCCUCGAACGUCGAGCAGAUCAACCAGCGCGGCCGCGGGCUGUGGGACAAGAUCUACAAGCCGCUAAACGAGAAACUGGAGGCGAAGCUGGGCGAGGCGCAUCCUGAUCUGCCGGUGUUCAUUAUCAACACAGAGUAUGGUGGUUUGUUCACGGAUCCGGAGCGCUCGACUGGCGCGACGGUGGGGCGCAUCACGACGAGCUUGAUUGCGAUUACGUGUUUGAGGGCACAGCAGGGUGUAGGGCCGCAAGUACUGAGUCACGUUUUCGGGUUGAGGAAAGCGUUGGGUGACGGUAGCUGGAAGGAUGAGCCCGCUGCAGGGUCGGAGGAGGCAAUCAAAUGGCUGGCGGGAGAUGAGGGGUGCACAUGGAUUCUGGAGAAGACAGAUGAGCUUGUCGAGGCGCUGGGAGGGGCACAGGGGAGCACGUUUGCACCAGUCAAGGCAAAGCUUUGA